CUUCCCUCCAGCCGCGUUAAGAGCUUCGGUCGCCGGCGUCUUGUCCUUCUCUCUCUCUCUCUCUCUCUCUCUCUCUCUCUCUCUCUCUCUCUCUCUCUCUCUCUCUCUCUCUCUCUCUCUCUCUCUCCCCGUGGAUGUGCUCGAACUGGCACCGAAGCACGUCGUUUGUCGUGAGGGUGGGACGUGCGUUUACAGACAAGAGAGAAAGAGAGAGAGGAAGGGGUGCAGGAAAAAAAAAAGGAGUCUCUUUCUGUGCGUGGUGUGGCUGCUCUGCUGUCAUUGCAGCCCAGCCUGCCGAGCAGCACGGACCGGAGCGAAGUGGGGACGACAAACCGUGUCUCCAUCCCGGGAUUUAUUGACGGCAAGAGGACGAUCACACAAGUCAGGGGGAGGGAAACAAAAUUGCAUCUCGGAGCCGCUUUGGACGAUGUUUCUCUUGCAGUACACAGGACUCAAUGCUCUGCCCUAUGAUCCGGCCGCCAACAACGACCCCCUGCACUUCAACAGCUCCAGCGGCUCACUGGUGACUGAGUGUCCACCUUUGGAAACCGCGUCUGAAAACAGCAAGAAAAGGAAGCGAGCCAGCCUGCCUACAGAGGGGAUCCAUAACAUGACAAUGGAGUCCAACUCCAUAUCGAUGCCCAUGUCGGACCCCAACCCGUGGGCCACCGCCAUGAACAACCUGGGGAUGCCUCCAAUGAGCAUCGCUGGACAGCCUCUCAUGCCAGACUUUGACCCCAGCCUCGGGAUGAUGGCCGGGAUCACCCCUAUCAACCCCUUGAUGCCCGGCCUGGGCAUGGUGCCCGCACCCCUGUCGCACGACGUGCCCGUCGUCAAAGAGAUCAUCCACUGCAAGAGCUGCACCCUCUUCCCCCCCAACCCCAAUCUCCCGCCUCCAGCAACUAGAGAGCGUCCUCCUGGUUGUAAGACGGUGUUUGUCGGCGGCCUGCCCGAGAAUGCCAACGAACAGCUCAUCAUGGAGGUGUUCGGACAGUGCGGCGAUAUCACGGCCAUUCGAAAAAGCAAGAAGAACUUCUGCCAUAUUCGAUUCGCAGAGGAGUUCACGGUGGACAAGGCCCUUUUCCUGUCUGGUUAUCGGAUCCGUCUGGGUUCCAGUACGGACAAAAAAGACACAGGCCGCCUCCACGUAGACUUUGCCCAGGCCCGGGAUGACCUCUACGAGUGGGAGUGUCGCCAGCGCAUGAUGGCCAGAGAAGAGCGGCACCGGCGCAAGAUCGAGGAAGACCGGCUACGGCCGCCCUCGCCUCCCCCCAUCGUGCACUUCUCAGAGCACGAGUGCAGCCAGCUGGGCGACAAGAUUAAAGAUGACGGCAAGUUUGCCGAGGCGGUGCGCGUGCUGCUGACGUGGCUGGAGCGCGGCGAGGUCAACCGCCGUAACGCCAACAACUUCUACUCUAUGAUCCAGUCAUCCAACAGCCACAUUCGUCGCCUGAUGACGGAGAAGAGUCAACACGAGAAAGAGAUGGAGGAGGCCAAAGAUAAAUUCAAGACUGCGCUGUCUGGCAUACUUGCUCAGUUUGAGCAGAUUGUGUCUGUAUUCCAAGCCGCUUCCAAACAAAAGGCAUGGGACCAUUUCUCCAAAGCGCAACGCAAGAACCUGGACGUGUGGCGCAAGCAAGCCGAGGAGAUUCGAAACAUGCACAACGAGCAGCUGAUGGGCAUCCGGCGCGAGGAAGAGAUGGAGAUGUCCGACGACGACAUGGAGGAGGUGCCGGACAGCAAAGACUCGGAGGACUCGGGCGUGUCGCAAGCUGAGGCCUUGAAGGAGGAAAACGACUCGCUGCGCUGUCAGCUGGAUGCCUACCGGAAUGAGGUGGAGCUGCUCAAGCAGGAGCAGGGCAAGAACCAGCCAAUCAGGAGCGAGGAGGACAGCACGCACACUCAGCAGCUCAGCUUUCUGCAGCAGGCGCUGCAAGGCAUGCAGAAGCAACUCCUGAAAAUGCGUGAGGAGCUGAAGCAGCGGGAGUGUGAGCUGGAGAAGAGUCUGGAGGACAAACAGCAGCUCAAGCAUCAAGUCCACACCCUGAAGGAAGGACUGCAAACCUUGCAGAAGACACAGGAGUGCACAUCCAGCGCCUCAUGUCUGUUUGUUAUUGUGUUGAAGCUGGAACGAUCCAAACAAGACGACAGAGGCGGCGACGAGGCUGCGAAUCAAACCAGUGAAAGUGCACCGUUAUCCUGCAGUCAAGAGAGGGAAGGUCCUACAGAGAGGAGGUCCCCUAGUCCGGUUCAUUCAGAGAGAGAAGCCGUGCUUGUCGGGAUCAUUUCCACAUUCCUGCACGUGCAUCCCUUUGGAGCCAGCAUUGAGUACAUCUGCUCCUACCUGCAGCGACUCGACACCAAGAUCAACCCAACUGAGGUGGAGGCACUCCUUUCCAGGCUGCCCUGCACCUUCAGGCAGGAGCUGACGGGCGUCGGCGCCAGUCUGGAGAAACGUUGGAACUUCUGCGGAUUCCAGGGCAUCAAGAGUACGUAAGGGCGCGCUCGUGGAGGGAGCGCCCAAACCCUCCACGGCUGUCAAGACGGCAUCUCUGCGCUUAAAGGAAUGUUUACUUGACACGGCCCAGACUCGCCGGGAGUCGGGCAGAGGAGUCACUGGAUUCGGACGAGAGUGCAGCCCAUAAGGAUUGGGCAUCGAAGCUUUCUGAGCCUUUCUGGCAGGUCCGAGCGGGACUACACAGGGCUACUUACCUGCCACGUCAUCAGGGUCAAACUCUGCAAACCUCCAAAACCCUGCAGCCUCCAUCCCUCCUCAUGUUUUGUUUUAUUUUAUUUUAUCCUUCCUGCUUUGUAACAUACAUUCUGGAAAAAAAAAAAUCAUAUAUUUCUUCAUUUUCUGUAAAGGCUGUGAAAAGUUGCAUAGAAUUGUUGUUAUAUGCUGUACAUUGUAUUUUUGAUUAUAAAAAGGGAAUUUUCAUAUGA